AUGCUUCGGGAACAGAAAUGGACAACGUGCUUGGGAAACUCCACCGUGGCGACGGAACAGCUGUACCAAGUCAUGGUACACAGUGUCCCGAUCGAAUCGAUCGAUCCCAGCAAGCCGAGUGACGUAGUGAAGUUGCAAGAGCAGAACCAAUCCCUGCAUCCAGGACUCAAAAUCGUGCGGGCGAAAUGGCUACGACAGGCUCACGCACCCGAGAAGAAAUACUCCACACUAGUGCUAGGGGUUGCAGAACUCCACACGGCGAAUCAGAUCAUCCGCAAAGGCCUCGUCAGCAACUUUGCGCUUCGUAGCCGAAUACUACAACUCGCAGUUCCGCAUCACGCAGUGUUACAAGUGCCAGGCAUAUGGGCACAUAGCCACGAAUUGUCGUAA